AUGCGUGAAGUGUACGACCAGUGGGAAGGGAAUGAUGAGUUUGUCGAUUUCAGAGUGCCAUCCGAGGACAUUCCACUGCUACAGGAACACCUUGACUGUGAGAUUAUGAUCGAUGACCUUGGACAAGCGGUCUAUGAGACUUUCCCGAAGGUUGCUGAGGAGCUCAAGCUGGAGACAACGGGCGAUUUCCAGGCAAUGACCGAUUUGUUCUUCAAGGAGUACAGACCUUUGAACACGAUCUACUCCUGGCUGGACAUGAUGAAGGAGACGUUCCCUGACUUUGUCGAGAUUGAGUGGCUGGGCCAAACGUACGAGGGCCGUGAUAUGAAGGCGUUACAUCUGAGCGUUGACAAGGGAUUAAACCCAGAUAAGAAGACGAUUGUUCUCACAGCAGGAGUCCAUGCCAGGGAGUGGAUCAGUACAUCAACGGCACUAUUCACCAUCUUCAAGUUACUGACAGAGUAUGGCCACAGUAAGAAGGAGACGAGAUAUCUGGAGCAGUUGGACUUCCUCAUCGUUCCUGUUUUCAACCCUGAUGGAUACGCAUACUCAUGGAGCCAGGACCGUCUAUGGCGUAAGAACAGACAAGAGACGUACAUUCCACGUUGCUUCGGUAUUGAUAUUGACCGUUCUUUUGGCUAUCACUGGACCAAAUCAGAGGACUAUCCAUGUGGUGAAUCCUACUCCGGCGAAGCAGCCUUUGAGGCGAUUGAAGCUGAGAACCUGGACACCUACAUCAACGUCACGAGAAAGGAUCACCAAAUCUACGGCUUCUUGGAUCUGCACUCAUACACACAAAAGAUCCUCUGCCCGUAUGCAUACUCGUGUGAUGAACAACCAAGGGACAUUGAAAACCUGUUGGAAUUGGCGUAUGGAAUUUCCAAGUCCAUCCGUCUCAGGUACGGUAAACAUUAUGAGGUAUUACCGGCAUGUAAGGACCGUGGUGUGGACAUCAUGCCAGGCCUUGGAGCCGGCUCUGCGUUGGACUUUAUGUAUCAUAACAGAGCGCACUGGGCAUUCCAGCUGAAGUUGAGAGACACUGGUUCCCAUGGAUUCCUACUACCUUCUGAGUUCAUUGUGCCGGUAGGAAAGGAGAUAUACGCUGCAGUUAAAUACUUCUGCGAGUUCAUUCUCAAUCCAGAUCUAUAG